AGCUUCUUUAGUUGUUCGCGAGCUCUCACGUCGGUAAGAAGUGCGAAAAGAAGUGCUGUUUUGUUGGUGCACAAAGUGAAUCGCCACUAUAAAUGACGUAAUGUUUUUGUGCUGGAAUAAAUAGCAAGUGAAUAAUAGUAUAGGAGGUACCUGUUUCGUCGGUGAAAAGCGGUACUGUUUUUGGAAUCAGAAACAUCAAUCCUCGGAAAAGAUCAAUAAAUUGCUCAGGCGGUGUGUUUCCAAAUCGUGCUCUUCUGUGCGGAAAGGUGCUGCAGUGUGAAAAAGGGAGUUUUUCUGGCUGGUCUGGUUGCUGUGUAGUAUAGGCCCCACUUUGGGAGAGGAAUGAAGAAAUUCGAAAAAGAAAAUGGUUGAUAAUUUUGACUGCGCUGGCUACACUUUUUACUCCAAGUUCGAUUCGGGAAAUUUAGGCAGAGUUGAGCUGGUUCGAUGCUGUGAAGGACUCAACAUAAUAGGCAACAAUGUCAGCAGCACCAACCUACCGGCAUCCAGUGGCACCGUUGCUCCUGAACCACUGUCUUCGGCUGCCGCACCGCCGACGAUCCUCUCCAGUGGAUCGUUAGUACUUACCGGAGCAUAUUCACCACCCGCACAGUUAGCAGUUUCAACAGCAGCAGCAGCAGCACCACUAUCACCCUCACCACAACAGCCAACAGCCACAGUUUCACCGUCUAUCGUGGCUUUAGCGAACACUGCCACCAGCUCGAUUACAUCCGCCACUGUUGCAUCGACCGAGCUUCUUCACCAUCAUCAACUGCUCUACCAAUCGCACUACCAUGCCGCAUUCGUCGAGGUGGAGUUCAAUCUUUGGACGCGACCCGAUUGUGCUGGAACGCCGUAUGAAAAUCAGAACAGGACAUGGUUCUAUUUUGCUGUGAGGGGUGGCCGCCCCCAUCAGAUUGUCAAGUUUAAUGUGAUGAAUUUGAACAAGCAGGCUAAAUUGUUCAGUCAAGGUAUGCACCCUGUGAUGAAAGUUGGCUCCGCCGGCCGGUGGGAACGGAUCAAGGAUAAGCCGUCGUAUGCGGUUACCAAUGAUAUAUUCUUCAUCUCGUUCCUUCACCGAGCACCGGAAUCGCCCGAAACCAAAACGUACUACGCAUUCACAUUUCCCUUCACCUACAAUGAGCUGCUGGAACAGCUGGGCAAUUUCGACAAACGCUUCGGUCGACACCCAUUCGAGCUACAUCAGAUAGCACAUGAAAUAGCUCAAAAGUAUGAUUCUACAACCGCGGCGGGACCGGUAGAGGUUAUCGCUCCAACCGGGCAGCACAGUCUACCGGCGAAGAAAGGCAAACUAAGCAAGGGGACUAAACUGGUGCGAUGUCGUCCGGAUGCGUUCGACGAUACGGCCCGCGAUGGAUCGGUUGCCGACGAUGCAGUGUUGCCAAAAGUAAAUGAUCCGGGUGGGACUGGGGUUAGCAGCGGAUCGACUUUCGUCGGUGGUUUGGAGCAGGCUUCAUCCAUGUCGAUCGAUGACAACACAUCAGAGUCCAUGCAACAGAUAACCAAUCUAGUGAAAGGAGUCAAAAUUGAGCUAAAACCACAACAACCUAGCAAAACUAAGUUUCCGACUUUUCAACAAAUAUUACAUGCACCCACUCUGGACGAUGAAGCAAAAGCAACGAAUCUCGACGUGAGAGACGAUAUUUACUACUACCGUGAACUGCUGACGCAUUCCGUCGAACGGAGACGAGUUGAACUGUUGACCAUUUCCUCCUUUCACGGAAUCCAAACGGCUCGCGAACAAAGACUACGCAAUCUGUUUCCCGACGAGAAGACGCCUCGGUGCCAUACAUUUAAGAAUAAGAAAAUCAUCUUCAUUUCGUCCCGUGUGCAUCCGGGUGAGACACCGGCUAGUUUUGUGCUGAACGGAUUUCUCAGUAUGUUACUCGAUAGGAAAAGCAUUGUUUCAAUUACGCUUAGGAGAAUGUAUGUGUUCAAAAUUAUACCGUUUCUCAACCCGGACGGAGUUUACAAUGGACUAUACCGAUCGGACACCCGGGGUCAUAAUCUAAAUCGAGUUUAUUUGGCUCCCAAUGUUGAAACACAACCUGCCAUUUAUGCCGCCAGAAAACUUAUCAGAUACUAUCAUCUUGGGACAGACGAACCAGAACUUUAUGAAUUGGAGAGUGAAAAAAAGACAAUUCCUUUAGUGAAAAGUUCUGAUACAAGUAGUGAAGAGGUUCUUAACGUACAACCCAUGGACGAGAAUAUUGAACCAACGAUUGAAAGCACUGCUCCAAGUAAGGAAUGCUCUCCGUCGAAAAAAGGUACUGUUACUAGGAAAAAACCCCAAAUGACACAAACUGACAAAACGAAACACAAAAUGCCCCGACUUCCCAAACUAACACCGCCAAUAGUUCCGUCUUCGAUCGGUGUUGCUGGAGGAACCCGUAAAACCCGAAUGUCUUUAUUUAAAAAUGAUCAAUCAUUAUCUUCGAUAAAACCAACUAACAACUCCACUUCGUGGCCAGCAAAACUUUUGAAUAAAGUGUUUAGGCGUCGAAAGGCGACUGACAUUGUCCACAACAAACUACCCUUGAUUGCGCACAGAAAAACGCCCACUUCUCUUGCACCGGUCAUCGAGGAACCAAUUGAUUUCGCACAGACACAAGCAGCGAAGUCGGGUCGUUCAACCCUAAUGCUCUUAAGCCAAACUAGCAGUUUGAUUGUGGAAAUUUCACAAUCGAUGGAGAAGAACUGCGUUGACGAUUCUGAAUCAACCGAAGAAAACACUGCAUCGACAUCGGAUUCUGGAUUCGGCGAACAAACACCCUCAGGUACCACCGGUUCAGAAUCAUCUUCGACGGUCACUGUGGUCGAAACCGAGAUAUCAUCAGUUCCUAAAAUCACUGCGGUGUCCCCGCUAACACCUGCGGUUUGUAGUGCCACCGAUUCGCUAAGCACUGUCAGCACCAGGGCGACCACCGCUGAAACAACAACCGAUGUUGUCCCGUCCAGUGAAGCUGGCGCGGUGACAACGAUCGAUGAAGUGCUGCCACCGCCAACAGUGUUCACCGAGCAACUUAUUCCGGAACUAUUGCCACUUGUGACGGAGAGUAGCCUCGUUCUGCGUCCUGUUCGUAGUAUUUCAAACCUUAGCACUGGUAGCAGUAUGGUCAACAGUGCAAGCACAAUCGCACCCAUUGGCACCAAGCGAACUCCCCUGACAACUGCCAAGGUGGACAGUGGAAGGAAAGUAUCAUCCUUCAAGAGUGUGAUAAAAGCAACACAUAUGAUAACUCCUGCGCCGAACACUUUGAAAAUGAAGGAAUUUGGCACAUCUCACGCAUCACAACAGCACCAGCAAAACCAAUCUGCAUCGGGAAGAGCGUUCGUCGGUGCUAUAGGAACUAAGAAGACACCAAUGUUGCAUCACAAACGAGCAGAAAGUAAAACGCGUCCUCAGACGCCACAGAUCUAUAGUCAUUUCAGGUCCCAUCGAAACGAGUAUCUCAAUGCAGCUGGGCAGAAGAAUAUUAACAUCAGUUUAGAUUACCUGGCACAAUUGGACGAAAAAAUCGAUAAAGUAUUCCACGAGGAGAAAAGUAACAUGUUCCUAUAUAUCGAUCUACAUGGACACGCCUCCAAGAAGGGUGUCUUUAUGUACGGCAACCAUUUGCCCAACACAAUUGAAGCAGUCGAAUGUAUGCUUCUGCCCCGUCUCAUGAGCCUCAACUCACAACACUUCCAUUACGAUGCUUGCAAUUUCAGUGAACGAAAUAUGUAUUACAAGGGAAAACGCGAUGGCCUAUCGAAAGAGGGUUCUGGACGCGUUGCUAUUUACAAGUGCACUGGAUUGAUCAAAAGUUAUACGCUGGAGUGCAACUACAAUACCGGUAAGAGUGUCAACAUUUUGCCCAUGAGGGGAAAGGAAACUCCCUCUUCCAAAGUUCAAUCACCGGUGCCACCGAAGUACACACCAGCUGUUUUCGAAGAGGUUGGACGAGCACUCGGCCCAUCGAUACUCGAUCUGACGAAUUCGAAUCCUCAAUCUCGUCUGCCGAACUCGGAGUUUCGCACCCUACAGGGUCUACGCAAUACACUUCGGAUCGAAAUCGAACGUGGGUCUUCGAAAGCUCGCGUCACCAAUAAGGUUCCGAAGCUACAUUCCAAACGGAUUAACAACCAGUCAUCUAGCUCGAUGGAUAUAGCGAAAGAGAACGCUAUCCAGUGGGAGAAUAUAGGUGGCUCUCAGUCCGGAUCCUUGGCGGGAGGAGGAGGUGUUAGCCCGACCGGAGCUGGUGGUGCUGGAAAUGGUAACGGCAAAGUUGUUAUCAGUAGCACCGGUGAACCACUGGGAGGGAAUGGAAAUUCAUCUGCCUGCUGUUCGGCCACUUCCAGUGGUGGACGACAAUUUUUGAAGGGUGGUUCACUGAAGACCCACACGGGUAAGAUUUCUCGCAAAGGUGCUGGGGUUGGUACAAAAAGCUUCGGUAAGAAAGAUGCCAUCAAGAAGAACAAGAUUCUAUGCGAAUCUGCCGUAGCAGGUGCAGUUAUUGCGGGUGGUAAAAAGCUACAGGAAAUGAUUCGCAGCAAGGAGCAACAUCAAGUGCCUCGUAAAAAAAUUAAAGUUUCGCCACCCCACCAACAUGGAACUGCCGGUGAUGGGUUUGAUUUGUGCUUUAAGACUAGUCUGUCUGCAACAUCACUGCCAAACUUCCUGACUAGCCCACCGUCACUUGGAGAGCUGCCUCUAUCCAAGAAAAUCAAAUCCGAAUCGAAACUACUCGAAGAUUGUCUCGACUGUGACGAUAGUUCGGAUGCGAUGCCUUGCUGCUCUUAUUCACUCCCGACGACCACUACCGGUGCUGCAGUACUAACAAAGCUUCUAUCAACAUACAGUCAGGCAGGAUCCACUGGUUUAGCAGCAUCCAGCGAACUGCUGCCUCAAUCACCCGGUUCAGUUGGUAGCGGCCCGAUUAGUAUAGGGCUUUUAGCGGGUGGUUCCACAUCGGGAGGCGAAAAAGAAGUCGGUAAGGAGGGUCGGUUUAGUAAGUUUAGUAAAGCAACAUCCGCCAAGCAGCAGUCGAAGUUGGGAAAAUCGUCCAAAUCUAGCGACGGAGGCAAACUGCUGAAAAAGAAACGUUCGCUCAAGACUGAUUCGAACCUGAAGCGAAAGAAAACCCGUAUCCGGCCGGCGCUUACCUAAGUACGACUGUUUGGCCGUUGUGAUUAGAAAAGUGUUUUUUUUAUUUAUGAAUUUUUAUAUGAGUGUUUUGUUUUUUGUUUAGAAUGGAAUGCAAAGAGAAAAAUGUUUUGGAAUGGUUUGUCGUGAAAGUAAAUUCUCGAGAGUAAAUAAAAGGUACAGACGUACUGAAACAAA